AUGCCGGAUCAGGCUCUCGAGCGAAUUGACACCAAGUCUCACUAUCUCGAGGCACUGGCGUCGCGCCUCAACACCGGCCCCAACAAUUACAAGAGUUACUUACAAGCUGAACGUGCCCACCUCCUGUCAUUGAAGUCGGAGCCUCCCGAAGUUCAAAGGGCCCUUGAUUAUAUGGAGAAACUCAAGGAGUUUGAGCCGGUGAAGAGGGAAUAUGAUGCCGCAAAAAGGGACUAUGACAAUCUUGACUGGUCUGUUCGCUAUCAGACUCCGGCCAUUGCAGCCAUUAGGCAAAGGCACCAAACCUUGUUUAGAAAGUUGGAGCUCAAAGAACAGAGCUUGCUUAUUUAUGAAGAGGAACAUGGCAUUACAGAAAGGUGGGAUCCCAACUCCGAGUCGUACAAGCGGGGCGAGAAGCUUCUGCAAGAACGAAAUUAUCGCCAUGCGGUUGACAACCUAGAGCGUCUCGUAGUGCAGAGAUUAUUCGAACUUAUGAAGCUAAGGAUGAACGGUGUUGGUUACAAGUUACGCGAGAAAAUCAGUAAGGCACUACACGCAAGAUCGGUAGCCAUUCAGACAGCUUUGAAGCAAUACAACACGGCGGCUUCCCUUCUUAUACCCCCUCGCGAACCCUUGACAUGGGCAACUGUUGUUCAGGCAGCCACUGUUGCCGACUUUGAUCUUCUUCGUGAUACCCGGAAUGAUAUUUGUCAAUUUCCUUGGACAGAACCAUCGCGGCGUGAAGCUACUAAUUUUUAUUUCCGUAUCAAGAGGGCCCGCAAAGAAAUUGUACAUCUUAAUGUAGAGAUCACCCGUUUGCUCACCUUCUUGUACAACACCCACGUUGAUUACCAGCGAGCCAUAUGCAAUAACAAUGUUACAGAUCUGCCGCUUGCAUCAUACCUAUCUCGGGAAUGGAACCGUCAAAACCGUAUUGCUGAAGAGAUCGUCAAUCAGUUAGUGCAAACCUCUCGCCUUCAUGGGUUCACCGGAUCUUUGAAGAUUGGGUCUCGGGUUGGUAGAGAUCCUGAGUUGUGUGAAGGCAUCCCGCCUCCUGCCUGGGCAUCGCUUCUCAUUGAUCAACCCAUGCCAAUGACGGCGGCGCAGGAGUAUUCAGCUGAAGACGAGAUUGCCAGGGAGGUAGAACAUGUAGAUCUGAAUCUUGUAGUAGAACUCAUUGAACAAAUCACCAUGAGAACACCCCAACUUUCAGAUUUUCCCCCUCAUCAUUUUGACUACCCUAUAAUGCAUUCGCCAAACGCAAAUCAGCCUCCGUACAUACUGCUCAAAAGCAUUGAACGACUGUUACGUCUCAGCAGCACUAAGGGCCAGGUUCCUCACUGGCGCGACAUCAAAUUCAGCGCGCUAGGACUGUACCAGCUACGUAGCUGGCUUGGAACGUACACUGCUGCACCGAAUCUCUUUAACACCAAUAAAAGUUGCUUCCGUGCCAGUGACAUUGCGUUCUUUGCAGCAGGAGCGUCAACAGAUGAUUGUCACGACCACGGCAUCCAACAUUUUUACUCGGAUUGUGCCCCGUUCCGCAACGAGUUGACCUUCAAGAUUGGCUACAGCACGGAGCCAUUAAAGAAGGAGCGGAACAAGUUGGAGGACGAAAUUUAG